UCCAGUCAAUUCGCAAAAGAAUACGAUGCCAGAAAAACUUAACCUCAAUCCAACCGGAAGUUUCUAGUAAGACAGGUAAACGAACAGUCAAACCUGUGUGAUGUAACUGUGAAAAUGGGAUUAUGGGAGAAGAAGUUCCAUCGAUGUGUUCUUUCAAUAAGUGCCUUUUUCGAUCAUGCUCUCAACGACACUUUCCGUGAAGGGCGGACAGGUGUAACUGAAAUAACAAUAGGAACACCUGUAACACUUGAGAAAACUAUCAUGUUUUGUAUGGUAAGAAGCCCAAUUUGAAUGAUGAAAAUAUCGAAAAUAUCCUAAACCUGGCUGAGUUUCUUCUCAUUCCAAAUUUAAAGUCUGCCUGCAUAGCUUGGUUGAAUACUGUUUCUAUUUCUAGAGAAAAUUGUAUGAAAAUCUUUCAGCUGUCAAGCAUUUACGAUUUUGAAAUUCCAAGAUGUACGACAUACAUUGAAGAGCACCUGCCAGAAAUGCUUCUUCUACCACAAAUGGUAAAUUUGACAAAAGAUUCCGUUCACUUGCUGUUCUCAGAUAAACGGCUAUCGUACGUGCCAAUGGACGACAGGGUACUGUUCUUACAUAAAUGGUUAGAUGCAAAUCCAAAUACUAGGAGGGCUCAUAUGAAGGAAUUACUAAGCAAUAUAGUUUUCAGUUCAGUGUCCAAUCAGUGUUUGCAAGCCUGUUUACAUAAUUUAGAUGCUGCUUGUCAUACACAGUUAAAAGAUAUGACGUCUGCUAGAUCCAAUGAUCAUCGAGUUCUCAUUAUGAAAGAAGGUAACUACGGGGAUUCAUUCUGGUGUUUAGAUUUGGAAAGAGAUCAGUGGUUUCGGGUUGAAUUAAAUUCACUGAAAAUAGACAGAUCGGGCCGCACUGUUGAAAUAUCUGACACAUGUACGAGUACCACUGGAUCAAUAGUCUGUUCCGUGAGAAGAAACUAUCCAGAGAUGAGUUUUGUACUGCUUGAUUUACCGAAGGAUACAUGUACUAAACUGAAUUUUACAGUGGGCACAGAAAAGAAUGAAUUUAUCAUUAAACCGUCUGAAAAUAUGAAACUUGACGGCCACUUUUGUAUUGUUUCUGUAAACAAAGAAAUCAAAAUAAGAAUGCAGGUUGAACGGCAAAUGAUAGAAAGCAGCUUAUCAAUGUCUCGUUAUAUAUGUUUUUCAACGCUGUAUAUUGGGCAUAUCGGUGAUAGCAAUGUGGAAAUGUCACCACUAGUUUCAUUCAAAGACGACAAAAUACUAAAAUUCGCAAUGGGUGAAAAUGCUAUUGCGAUCAUCUUUAAGUCACGAACACGUGUGGCAUUUUAUGAUCUCAAUGAAGGACAUUUAGAAAGAAAAAUUCAAACGACCAGCAACGGGGAUGAUAUUGCUCAGAUUAAAAGCGGAUUUGUAAUAUACGAUAAAAAGAGGUGUAUUACCUUCACACGACUGCAGGGCGCGUGUCUUUCCCACAAAUAUCAUGUAGAAGAAAUUCCAUUCGAAACAAAAUAAUUUUAAAGAAAUAAAAUAUUUCAUAUGCAACCAGAUUAUUUAUCGAUAUUACCAGAAAUUCAACAGCGAACAUUUUAUAUUUGAAUGUAUUCCAUUCCAAACAUUGGUCGCUCGGAAGACUGAGGAAUCUAUUGCAUGGAAACAGUUGCCAUUGCCAAAAGAAGCAGCGUCCUGUUCACUUGACACUAUUAAAGAAAAGUGUUUUGAAAUAUAUCUUCCAAAAUCCAUACUCCGUUGUCACGUCGAAUGCCCACAUUGUAAGAUGACAUCAAGAGUAGAAACCAGUAAACUUACAUGCUACCAGGAUUUUGAUGAUUAGUACUAUGACGACCUAUCGUCGGAUGGCGAUUAUUACGCCGACUCGUACUACGAUUCGGACUACGACUAUUACUAUGAUUCAGAUUGAAGAUGAGUGUAGGAACUGCCUUAGCAAACAUUAAAAGAAAUGUUAAAGCACUUUCUGCAGUUGUUAAAUUUAAUCAGUUAUUUUGACGUGCUGAUUAUUUCGAAAUCAAGUUUUUUUUAAAGUUAAUCACGUUCCAUCAGACAUGUAUUUAUAUACGCAGGUUAAAAUAAUGUCUGAUACAUUCUGUUUGGGAUUUUUCUUUAUUCAAAAUUGAUCCAUUUGCUUGUUCAUAAAAUGUAAAAUACUGCCUAACAUGGUGCUAGGGGGGACCUAGACAGGAGUUUGCAUUUACAUCUACUAACCGUAGGCCAUGAUAUCUAUUUGACGUGACUAUUUCAUUUAAAAGAGAACAGCUCAAGAUAUAGCAUAUAUACAUACUAUCAAAACACAUUCGUAUUUUUCUGAACAUGUCAUUUCAUUUUAAUUGUGCUUGAAGAAUACAUGCUAAAAUGGUGUUUAGAUUGAAAGGAAUGGGUAACAAUGCCCAAUAAUUCAAAAUGUCGGAUUAACAAGUUCAGAAUAAAAAGCAAAUAAGGGGAAUAUAAUUAUUUAGAAUAUUAAUUAGAUCGUGAAACAUUAAAUGCAAUCAAAACAUAGUUAAACAUUAUAUUAAUCAAGGGGAUUAUUGAUACAAUAAUAUUCAAAAUUUUUAAAAGAUUUAUCCACAGAUAUUAAACUAUAUUGAAACGGUACUUGAACAUUGGACAUACAUUUGUGCUGUUUAACGAACUAUUCAAUCUUUACAUAAAUAUAUUUACUAUAUAUACUAUAUUUAAAGGAGAAAGUACGAUAUUUUUUAAUUCGAGAAAACAUUGUUGUUGGAGUUUUUUGAAAACAGAUAUGAUCUUAUCAGUUUGAUAUCGUAUUUGUAUAUACCCGUAGUUGUUAAACCUGUUCAUCUUUACAUAAUAGAUAAUAAUAGAUAUUACAAGAUCGGGGUCAUCAUUUUCAAUCGUUUUUCUUAUUGCAAACAAUAAAUGACAGUUUUAUAUUUCAUUACAUAAGCGGAAGCACAAUUAUAUUCAUAACUCAAUUAAAAAUCGGGAUAAAUAUUACAUUCGAAAGAUAGUCAUUAGCGAUUGACGCGAUUGACCUGAAAUAUCAUAUUCUACAGCAAAACAAACGUAAAAAGA